AUGCCAGCAGCAGCAACAGCAUCUGAUCGUUAUUCAGCGGUUUCAUCAUCGUCUGCGUCUUCUAGUUCAUCGACAAAUUGCUACAAUAAUCUUAAUAGCUAUUCAUCAUCUCAAACAUCUUCGACAUUUUCACCUCUUCGUUCUGCUACAUCAUCACUUCACCUGUCGAAAUUAAUCAAUACAGAUUAUCGAUCCAUGCAAUCAUUGAAAUUGCAACAACAACAAUAUCAAACAAAUCGAAUGCAUCAAACACCUGUAGCACGAAUAUCGCCCUUAAUUAAGAAUCAACAAACAGAUUAUCAUUCGAAAGAACAAAGUUGGCUUAGUUGCGAAGAACUUGAAACAAUUGAAAAACGUUUUACUGAUCUUCUUCAUGAUAUAUCCAACAAAAAUACAUCUAACCAUCAACAAUAUGAACAACGUGCAAAAAGUUGUGAUAGAUUAAUAAACGAUGAGCCAAAGCCUAAGCCGACAACAUUGUCAAAUUCUCGUAAAUCGUUGUUAGAUAAAUCAAAAGAUGAAAAUCGACGUGCUCGUUCCAAUAGAUCACAUAAAUCGACUAUUGUUUCUGAUAAUGAUAUUCUUAAAGUUGAAUUAUCCUAUCGAAGUAUAGGCACACAUGUAUAUGCAGCUCGAUCUUUAUGUGAUUUAUACAUAACAACAGCUGAACGUUUAGCUAAACUUGAAGAUUGGAUUUUAUUUCAACAUGGCCUACCUGUAUGGUUACUUAAUUCUGGUACGAAUCCAAAACGUCAAUCAUGCUUAUCACUUGUUAUUGCUGAAUAUGGUUCAGGUUUUCCUGUUUGGCAAGAUAAUAUCGGUGGACAUAGUGAUGUUAAACAAGCACGUGAACAACACAUUACAUUUCGUUUGUCAGAUAAAGUAACACUUGCUGUACUUCGUUUUAAUAAUAUUCUAGCAUCGAAAGAAUUCUUUUCCUAUUAUGUAUCGAUACGAAAUGAUCAUCGUUAUAAACAUCUUUUCUCCAAUGGAAAUAAUCGAAGUUCAUCGUGUGGUUCUAUUUUAACUAGUAAAAGAAAAUCUCAUCGUCAUGUUAAUAAAUCAUCUAUAUCAAAUCCUUGUCAAUUUCAACAUAUAACACGUUUACAAGUUAAAGAUUGUGCACAUUUAACAACACUUAAUCGAUGUUUAAUGUCUUCUGAUAUUUAUUCAAAUGAAUUAUUAUGA